AACUUUUCAAUAAAAUGGCAUUCGUUUGCCUCAUUUUGAGCCUGAUAUUUUUAUCCACCGAUGCAUCUUCCUUGGUUUCUCCGCCAAAGUCUGCUGUAGUUAUUGCAUUUGAAGAUGCGUAUGAUUUAUCAUUACUUGCUAAUACAAUCUCAGAUCUUGGAACAGAGACUACUCUUGUAAUACCAUUUGAGGAGAAUAAUUAUUAUGAGCAUCUAAUAUCAGUUGAAGUAAUAAAAAUCAAUGCCAGUCUCCAAUCGAGUGAUACUAACGACGCUAAAGCUUUAAGACUCUGUGAAAGUUUUAUCAGUGAUUCUAAUGUAUCGAAUCAUGUUAAAUUAAUACAACCAACAUUUAUCAUUUUUCCAGCAGUCAGGCACGACGCAUGUCUACUACCAUGGGCAGCUUCUAUAUCUGCAAUACCUGUUAUAUGGGCUCGAGGCCAUUAUGAGGAGUUAUAUGCAUUUAUCAAAACAGGAAUGGCUUUACCAGUACACGAAACCGGUCUCCUACAAAGUUUUAUAGAAAAUUUAAAUUUAAAAUACUUUUUGUAUAGUUUAGAGUUUAAUUAUGUAGUCCCAGUACAAAGACUGAUGUAUAAAAAAUUGCCUGAAAUUGACACUACAAUUGCUAAUUUAUAUUCUACUACACAAUUAAUCUUAUGGGGUGCGGAUCCAAUUUUAAGAAUGAAUUCUGCUUUAUUAACUCAAUUAGUAGCCGAGAUUGGAUGUCAUCAUUGUCGAGGAUCUCAACCUUUACCACCUGAUAUUCAAAAAGAAUUAGUUGAAUUCAGAGCUGGCACUAUUGUUAUACUUUUAGAUCAAGUUCAUGAUUCAUUAGUUAGAGCUAUUGCGCAAAAGUUACCACACGAUAGACAAGGAUUGGCCGUAAUAUGGAAAAAUAAAAGUGCAAGAUUGCAUAAUAAGCCAAGUAAUCUUUUUAUUCACAAAGAUGUUGAUCGACAAGAUCUUAUAGGUUAUUCUAGGGCAAGAAUGGUUUUAUGCCACUGCACUGAUUCCGAAUUUCUUGAGAGUGCUUUUCAUGGUACUCCAAUGAUAUGUUUUCCCAGGACUAUGGAUGAAAAACGAAAUGCUCAAAGAGCAUUGGAGCUUGGAUUUGCUUAUAUAGAGAAAAUUGAAGCGAUGUCAGAUACCGUAACUGAAAUAAUAAAAACCAUUCACGAGAAUAGUAAAUAUCGCGAAAGCGCGAGACUCGUUUCACAGGCCAUUCGUGACAGAUCGAAUCAUGCAAUGGAUCGGAUUCAAUAUUGGCUUGGUUAUGUGGCCAGGCACAAUGGCGAGGGAAAAAAUCUACUUUUACCUAAACGAGUGUCAACGUACAAUGAGAUUCUUCAAGCGGUAGCUGGAUUUCUUGUCGGAGUCUUUUUCACUACACUUGUAACGAUUUUGUUUUUUAUGACUCAACAUGUCACCGAAUCUCAAAGUAAGAAAGAGUCCAAAAAGAAGCACAGAAAAUAAUUGUUAUUAAUUAAAAGCUAAUAUUAAUAAUGCUGAAUUCUAUAUUUCGACAAUG